UCGUAUCUGUUGCUCCGCCCCGUUUCCUCCCGCAGAUUAUUCUGAGUUAUACUGGAGCUCUGGGUUCUCUGACGCUCAGAUUUGAGGAAAACACAGAAAAUAUGGAAUAAGAUGGUUUUUGAAGCAAUACAGAUGACUGACAGGACAUGGCGUUACUCUGUCGUCAUGGCGAUGGCCUCUUUAGCCUGGCUCCUCCCAGUCAUUGCUACUGCCACGCCCUUUCCCAGCGAUCUGCAGCCAAUCAGUGUGGUGCGUCUGGAAGAUUCGCACCGGUAUCCCAUUUUUCAGGGUCUGAGGUUUAAUAAUGACACGGAGCGUCUGGGUCUGGACUAUCAGCGGAUGAUCCGGAUCCAGCAUAUGCUGUACAUCGCUGCCAGAGAUCAUGUAUUUGUUGUCAAUCUCACUACUGCAGUCGAUAAAAUCAUCCCACAGCAGAUACUGACGUGGAGAUCUACAGACGUGUCAAAGUGCACCGUGAGAGGGAGACACAGCGAUGAAUGCUAUAAUUACAUCAAGGUUCUUGUGCCUCGUAACGACGAGACUCUGUUUGCGUGUGGAACGAACGCACUGAACCCGGCCUGCAGAAACUACAGAUUGAGUUCGCUGGAGCAGGUCGGUCAGGAGCUGCUGGGUCAGGCCCGAUGUCCGUUCGAGUCUCGCCAGUCCAACGUAGGAGUGUUUGCAGGUGGUCAUUUCUAUUCGGCCACAGUGACGGACUUCCAGGCGAGUGACGCUGUGAUCUACAGGAGUUUGGGUGGAGAGGGGCGGCCCGUACUUCGGACCGUCAAAUACGACUCCAAAUGGCUCAGAGAGCCUCACUUCCUGCACGCUGUCGAAUACGGCAACUAUGUGUAUUUCUUCUUCAGUGAGAUCGCCGUGGAGCACACCGGUGCUGGGAAGGUGGUGUAUUCGCGCGUGGCACGCGUGUGUAAGAACGACAGCGGCGGCUCCACUCGGGUGUUGGAUCGCCACUGGACGUCGUUUCUGAAGGCGCGCCUGAACUGCACUGUUCCUGGAGACACGUUCUUCUACUUCGACGUGCUGCAGUCGCUCACCAACGUGCUGCAGAUCAACCAGCGGCCCGCUGUGGUCGGAGUCUUCACCACGCAGAUCAACAGCAUUCCCGGCUCAGCGGUGUGCGGGUUUUAUUUGGAUGAUAUUGAGCGAGUGUUUAAUGGGAAGUUUAAGGAGCAGAAGAACAGUGAUUCGAUGUGGACGCCGGUGCCUGAGGAACACGUGCCCAAACCACGUCCAGGUUCAUGUGCAGGUGAAGGUUCAGCUUCCUCGUACUCGUCCUCUGUUCAGUUUCCAGACUCUGUGCUUUCAUUUAUUAAGACUCAUCCGCUGAUGGACGAGUCUGUGCCAUCAAUCAAUAGCCAACCGCUGAUCACCAGCACCGCCAGCAGGUAUAAGCUGACUCAGAUUGUAGUGGAUACAGCGGCUGGGCCUCAUAAGAACCGCAGUGUUGUGUUUCUGGGCUCUGAAGACGGACGGGUUCUGAAGAUCCUGACCGGCACUCAAGCCAACAGCUCACAUAGCUCCAGACUGCUGGAGGACAUCCACGUCUUCAACCCUGCACAGUGUACUGGAGAGCGUACUGUGUUGGGUCUGGAGCUGGAUAAGGAGCAUCACGCUCUGUUUGUGGCGUUUUCCAGCUGCAUUAUCAGAGUUCCUCUGAGCCGCUGCGCUCGACACACCACCUGCAAGAGACACUGUCUCCACACGCAUGACCCAUACUGCAUCUGGCUGCGGACGGGACGCUGCGCUGACGUGGCUCCAGGGUUCAAGGCGGGGUUUGAGCAGGACAUUGACGGUGACCAAUCACAUUCAUUUGACACAUGCACAGAUGUGAUGUCAGCAGCAGGAAGUGAUGUGAACUCAGCUGUGGAUUCAGCCUCUGGUGUGAAGCAGCUCCCUGACGCGGCGGCUCUCAGCGGUGGCUUUCACUACACUCUUCUGGGCGCGUGUGUGUUGGUGGCGUUCGUAUUGGGUGCCGUCGCGUCGGGUUUGCUGGUGUCCUGUUACUGCGGUCAGAGAUCCCAUCAAUCACAGGAGCCCGAGGCGUCGCUUCAGCACGCGCUCUCGCUCAACAGCCUCGCCAAACUCAACCGCCUCAUAGACACCAGACCGGACAAGGACCUCCCGUCCUCUCAGAUCUACAGCUCCGGGCUGCCCUACUGCCAGCCGCCCGCUAAACCACACGCGACUGAGGAGGAAGAGUUCGCCUCGAACCUGCCCACCCCGGAUUCAACGCCAGAACUGCCAAUCAAGAACUUAAAGGCUCUAAACAGCCAAUGGGAGAGAAGCCACACCCACAGCGCCACCCUGCAGGUGUUUCCCACCAAUCAGACGCUUCCCAGCAACCACGACGAUGAUGCAUUUAAACCAGAAAUCGCCAUUAUGACUUCUUCCUUAUUCCCGGGCGACUCGGGGUCAUUGCACAUGCCAACAUCGUAUUACAGCUGCCUAAAAGAGACGCCAGAAACCUCAACGUUUCAGCAGAUUCCGCUACAAAUGCUUCCCGAGCGCCAGGUCCUUAUAAAAAUAGACAACGGAGUCACGACCGUUCGCAAUCACAGCUUCAACCAGAAGUCGGCGCACUUGGGAAACAUCUACGAGAUUCACAGGCCGCUGAUCGCGGGCGGCUCGUGUCUGACGCGGCAGCAUAGCUACAGCGAGCCUCCGCUCCUCCAGCGGGCGGCCAUCAUCAGACGCACAGCGUCGCUCAAACCACAGAUCCCACCCAAACCUGCAAACAUACCCCCCAAAACACUACACCUGCCCUCGCACGCCAAACACAGCUACUGACACCAAAGGUCAGAGGUCAAAGACACGGCAGGUUUGGAAUUGAAUACUAGCAUACUGAUUACUGCACUGUACUGUAUAUAGCAAACACUUUAUACUAUUAUGUUGCAUGUUUAAUUCAGGAUUUGGCGUCCAGUUGACUUUCAAAAAAAGGUUAUUUUGCAUUUCUAAUGCGAUUUUGUUUCCCUUGACAAAAAUCAAAAAAAAAAAAUUACACUUUUUUUCUAUUGGCUUCUGAAUUAUUUCAGAAAAUAAGAUCUGUGGCCAACAAUAUUUUUUUAGCAUACUGAUUACUGCCCAGUAUAUUGGGUAUAUAGGACACUUGUGAUGCUAUUUUGUUUCAUGUUUAAUUCAGCAUUUGACGUCUUUUUUAAGAAAUGUUUCGGGAAUACUAAUUUUACAAAAAUGAUUUUGCAUAUUUAUUUUGGCAUAUUCGUUAUUCAAAAUUCAAUUUUCCAUUGGCUUUUGGGACAAACAUCUUGGGGAUUUAAGAAAAGUACGAUGAUAUCCUAAGUUAUUUACAAAGAUUUUUUUAAGAACUCUUUUCAGUUCAAAUUCUUAAGUUUUGUCUUUCAAAAAAUCUUAAGGAAAAAGAUUAAGAACAUACAAAAUUCUUCAAACGUUUGGUGUUUUUAACACAAUUCUGGUUUCCUCAUCAAAAUCUUGACAAAUAGGAUUUUUCUUAAAAUAAGCUCUAUGACCAGCACACCUUAGCAUAAUAAUUACUGCACGGUAUAUACUGUAUAUAGCAAACAUGAGCUCAUUAUGUUGCAUGUUUAAUUAUUCAGCAUGUGGCAUCCAAUUAACUUAUUUUGUGAUUUUGCAUUAACGCAGUUUUGCUUCCAUCGAAGAAGUCUUGACAAAUAGGACUUUUCCAAAAGUUGGAGGUUAUCCUAAUUUUAAGGACUUGUGAUGAUUUUUAAAUAACUUUUUAAGGAAUACCAACUAAUUUCUUGAAAGUCAAACCAAACGCAUAGCAUUAUGGGAUACAGUAUUCAAUAUUGAUAUCUCACAGAUACAGAUCAUUCACAUACUGUGUCCAGUAAACAUACUGCAGGAGUAGUAUGAAUAGUAUGCUAGUAUCUCUUCUGAACACGAGUCAGAAAACUAAUGCAGUUGAGUGUGUUUGUGUACCAGUGGCUCAAUGCAACAGUAAUGUGUGUGUGUGUGUGUUUUCAUUGAGAGGAGCGUGAGAAGGAAACGACACGAGCCGGACUGAACUCUCAUCACCGGAUCACGUUCACCAGUGAAUCAGUAAAACCUCCACAGCAUCGCAUCAGACUGACAUUAACACAAAGGUUGAGCUGCUCACGUGUUCAACUGCAUUAAUGAGAUAUAAUGUGUUUGCAUUGAUUUGUGCCUUACAUGAGAGAGACCUGAGGUCAGAGGUCAGAGGUGAUGAUGUAGACACUAACUCGUAAGCCAUCGAGGUCGUCUGCUGGAGUCGCGUUCCCAUUCAUCUCAAUGGCAGUUGAUCGGCUGGAGCAGGACCUUCUGGAGAGCACCGCUUCAUGAACAAUUUCACAGACAGGUUUCAUUGAGUUGUAAAUGUCAUGUGACCGAUCAAUCUAUGUUAGACAUCUCUGCAGAAGACAGAAAAAUGCUUUUGAGAGCCUUUGAAAAUAUUGGUGACUGGUGAAGUAUUUACUUUAAUUAUAUAUGCACAAUUUGCAUUUUGCUUGCAAAGACCACAUUUCAUCAGAAAAUAUUUUCUAAAGUAAUUAUUUUGGGGCCUGCAGCAAAUAUGAGCAACAGGAUGUGAUGUCAUGUUUAUUUUAAUGAACUACGCAUAAUGAUGAAUAAUAAAUGCUGUGCUCUCACACAGCGGGAAUUGCUGAAGGUUUUAUUAUUUAUGCAAAACAACCUAAAUGAGACACCGUGUUUUAUUUUUAGAUAACUAUGGAAGUCUGUUUAAAGCAAAAGUAAAAAAAAAGGUAAUUUUUAUAACAAUUUGGACUUUAUUUCUCGCAGCUCUUAAUUGCUAGGCACAUUUCAUACACAGUGGUAAUUCAAAGUGCUUUACAUAAAAGGAAGUGAAAUAGUCAUUAAAAAAAAUAAUAAUCACAAUAAAAACAAGGAAUUAAAAAAAUAAUAAAACAAGAAAUUAUAUAAAAAUUGAUUUAAAACGGUUAAGAAUAGAAAAUGAUAAAAUACAGUGCAAUGCUAGAAACAAAAUAACAGCAUAUGCUUUUUUCUUACAAUUCUGAGUGGACAUCUCGCAAUUGUUUUUUUUUUUUACAGGAAUAAAAAUAAAAAAGGUAAUUGAGACAUUUUCUCACAAUUCUGAGUUUUGUUUCCUCGCAGUUGCGAGUUUGUAUCACAAUUCUGUUUAAUCCUGCCACAGAUUAAAAAUUAAAAGGGUAAUUGCAUUUUUUGUGUCUUACAGUUGUUGUUUUCUCGCAAAUUGUAAAUAGAUUUCUCAAUUUCAACAUUUAAAAAAAAAAUUUUCUCAUAAUUCUGACCUUUUCUCUCGUAAUUGCAAGUUGCAAGGAAACGUCUGAAUUAUAUAUAAAUAUACACCUAGAACUGUGAAAAAAAAAAAAUCUGAAUUGUGAUAAAAAUCUAAGUUCCUUUUUUCUUAAUUUUGUGGCAGAAACAAGCUUUCAUACAUUUAGAUCCUCUGCUCAUCAAACAAAAUUUUUACUACCUAAAAUCACAGGUCAGAGGUCAAAAAAAGUUCAAUUUCACAUUUGUGUACCUGCAGUCCUUUAUUUGUGUUUGUGUGUGUGUGAAUGUUAAAGAAUGGAAGUGAAUGGAACUGCGACACACCCCUCCUCCUCUGACAGUAGCUCCGCCCACCUGAACAACGGAGGCUGUGAUUGGUGCAGCCUGAGGGUUUGUAUCACAGUUAAUUGAGACCACUAUAUUGAGAGACGACUAUGAAUUUGUGAGUUUCUCAGGAGAUUGUUAUUCUGUGUAAUCUAAAUGAAAUCACUGAUC